CUCGGCCUCUUACUUCUCCUCUAAAUCCUGCCAUUUCAACCUCCUUCAAUUAUAGUUACAGAAAACCCAGUUGACAAAAAUCGACAGGGAAAUGCUGCGUAGAAAACUAGCUUCACUGGUUUCAGCCUCGAGAAUCUGCAAUGGUUGGACGAAAAUCAACAAACCCAUCUCCCAAACUGCCCCAAAACAACUCCUGUCUGCUCAACCUAGCCGUACCAGCUUAAGCAAUGGAGCUCUGGGGUCAUAUUAUUCCUGUUCUUGUUCUCAUUCUAACCAGAACAGGGGCUAUAGCAGCAGCAGCAGCCUUUUGGCCUUGAAUGAUCUGAGAGACAACAGGGGCUCCAGAAAGCAGAAGACCCGGAAAGGCCGUGGCAUCGGGUCGGGCAAAGGGAAAACUGCAGGGAGGGGUCACAAAGGUCAGAAGGCCAGAGGGACUAUGAAGUUUGGAUUUGAAGGUGGCCAAACCCCCCUUCGCCGCCGUCUCCCCAAACGUGGGUUUAAGAACCCUUUUAGCCUCACUUUUCAGCCAGUUGGCAUAGGGAAGAUUGCAAAAUUGAUUAAUGCUGGGAAGAUAGACUCGUCAGAGUUGAUAACUAUGAAAACGCUCAAGGAUGCUGGAGCAGUAGGGAAACAGAUAGGAGAUGGCAUUAGACUGAUGGGACGUGGUGCCGAACAUAUUGAAUGGCCCAUCCAUCUAGAGGUUUCAAGAGUAACCGUUAGGGCGAAGGCAGCUGUUGAAGCGGCAGGUGGAUCUGUGAGGAGAGUUUAUUACAACAAACUAGGGCUUAGGGCUCUACUCAAGCCAGAGUGGUUUGAGAAGAAGGGCAGAUUGCUUCCUAAAGCAGCGAGACCUCCACCAAAACAGAGGGAUAAAGUGGAUAGCAUUGGACGUCUGCCUGCCCCAUCCAAACCCAUUCCUUUUACAAAUGAAGAAAAAGAAGCAAUGUCUGCUUCUCUUGCCUGAUAUGUUCCCUUCUGUUCACGUGUUUGUCUUUGAAUUUUUUAUUUACAUUUACAAUAUAGAUAAUGGUAGAAUAAAUGGCUUCCUUUUCCCUGUUGACGAAGUAUUUUCAUUUGAAGUAGCUAUAGGUUUAGAGCGUACAAAUCUUUUUCCCUUUAAGUUGGGAAAUCAUCAGUUGGCAUAAUAGUAAUUCUUUGCCAUGCUUGAGUAGGAUUGUAAUAUGAGACAGCGGAGUAUUUUUGCAGUUCACUCUCUCUGUUUACAUUGAAUUGUUGGUAAAUCUAUUCACUACUUUGGUUAA